AGUAAUUGAGGAAUUCUCCAUUGAUGUUCAACCCGAUGAAGAUAGUUUCUUACACAAGCAGUCAAUAAUUGACAAAUGCUUCUGCAAGGAUUCUGUUGAGGAAAUUAUAAAAUCAUUUGAAACAGAAGGAAACAUGAAGGGAAAUGAAUGGAUAGGUCCAGUGCUCAAGGGUUUGAAAAGAUCUUCUCCCACAGGAUUGAAAAUAACUUUGAGAUCGGUUCGAGAGGGAAGGAAUCAAACCUUGCCUGAAUGUUUGAAGAGAGAAUUUAGAGUCACAGUUAACAUAUUGAGAGGCAAGAUAUCUGGUGAUGUCUAUGAGGGUAUCAGAUCUCUAACCAUUGACAAAGAUAAUUCUCCAAAGUGGGAUCCGGCAACUCUUGAUAAAGUUACUAGAGAGAAAGUUGACUUAGUCUUCCAGCCAUUUAAAGAAGAACUAGAGCUCCAGAUUCCAGCCAAUGAAGAGUGCAGGUGGGAUGGAAAGUAUGAGAAUACAGCCUAUCCAAGCUUAAAGGCAACAGCUUAACCAAAUAAUCUCAACUUCUCAACAGCCAUGGAUUCCCAUAUUUACCUCCCCUGUUUGUAUGUUGAUUGAUUUUUUGAAGAUGCAGGCAUGUAUUUGAUGUUCCAAUAGUAAAAUAUUUUCAUUCUAAUGGGCAGAAAGGUUCAUAAAAGCAGAGGCUGCAAAUAUAAUUUUCCCUUUA